AUGACCGACGCCAUCGAGUUCUAUCGCAAAGCCUUGAGUGCCAUGCUGGGCCUCACGCUUACACGCACCGUACAGCAGGUUCAAGCAGUGGGCCACCGAUGGAUGUACAGAGCGACUGAAAACACCAAAAACGUCGUCGUCAUUGGCGGCUCCUACGCUGGGCUGUGGCUAGCUCGACGCUUGAGCGAGACGCUACCUACAGGCUACAAGGCUGUCCUGGUCGAGCGCAACAGCCACUUUAACCAUCUGUUUGCCUUCCCGCGCUACGGCGUGGUUCCUGGUAUCGAGCAUCAAGCCUUUAUCCCUUACGAUAAUAUCUCUACAUUUGGUCCACCUGGAAUCCUGCAGCACAUUCGCGGCUCUGCUGUCAGCAUCUCGUCGAACCAGGUUCGCUUCCAAUCUGGUGAGACCCUUGACUACGAGUACCUAGCCAUCGCCACUGGUUCUUGGCAGCCACCCCCAUCCAAGGCUGUGUCUUUGGAUAAGGAGGGUGCUUGCGCGGAAUUGCAAAGCUCGCAACAGAAAAUUCAGGAUGCCAAUCGCAUUGCCAUUGUGGGAGGCGGACCUGUAGGAAUCCAAAUUGCAACCGACAUCGCGGCGUACUUUCCGGGGAAGAAUGUUACUCUAGUUCAUUCUCGCCCUCAGUUGCUGAACAACUUUGGACCAAAACUGCAUGAAAACGUUGUCGAGGCCAUGUCACGCCUAAACAUCAAUGUCGUUUUGGGUGAAAGACCGCAAGUCGGCCAAGGUGGUGAACUGGCGUUCAAAGACGGAAAGAAGUCGCAGUACGAUCUAGUGAUCCCAUGCACUGGACAACGCCCCAACUCGGCCAUUCUCGAACAGCUUGUGCCAUCGGCCGUCUGCCCCACGACAAAACAAAUCAAGGUAAAGCCCACGAUGCAAAUCCAAGACGAGACACACAAAUACGAAAACAUCUUUGCUGUGGGGGAUGUCGCGAAGACGGGUGGCCCACGAAUGGCGCGCGCAGCUCGUGCUCAGGCAGAUAUCAUCACAUCCAACAUUCUUUCCAUGAUCAAUGAGCAAAAGCCAUCGACCUUCUACAGCCCCCAAAUUUACGAGGGUGUCAUUAAAUUGACACUUGGAAAGGGUAACUACAUCUACUAUGGAAACGACGAGGGUGGCAAGGAGGUUUGGAUCAACGGCACUGACAAGAGUGACGACCUCAACAUUGGUCAUGCAUGGGAGGGCCUCAAUACGAAGCUUCAACCAUCUGUACCAUCAUCCCCAUCGUACGCGCCUUCGCAGAGUCGUAAUCCGACUCACGGCCAGCCGACAAAGUCUCAGCGACGUGUUGGCAGACAGGGAAAAUUGCGAGAUUAA